CUGAACCUAACAGCUUGAAUGGGAUUCAAAGCUACAGCUCAACUCUACUAAAGCAUAAUACUUUCUUCAAAGAUGGCGACUGUUGAUGUUAGACAAGACUCUUUCCCUUCGAGAUCUAGAGAAGUUUCAGGUCUCGUGAAUGGCAUAGCUACAGAGAUUACAUCCACCAGUUUCGCUGACAAGAUCCUCAUCACUAUCUCCCAAGAAGGCCGACUUUCACAAUGGAUACAAGUUCCCUUAACAGGGUCAUCAUCUGGAGUUGUUGAGAUGAGUCUGCCCAGCUCAAACAAAGGCCUUCUUCCAUCAACACAUCUCACACCAACAACGCUAUUUGGUGGAGGGGGUGAGGAGCGUGAAACUCUAGGUCAGCUUUACGCAGCACAAAUUGCCAGCCAAAUUUGUCUCAGAUCGCCUGAUGACCGACGAAUACUGGUCCUUGGACUUGGACUUUCCAAAACAGAUCUGGAGCGCGAAGCUUUCUUUGACCUUUUGGAGCUUGCCCAAAAGGUAUUAUGAGUUGGGCGAAGAGGUGCUCCCUAAGAUGCCAGCAAGAUAUACUGUGGCUGUAACAGUCUACCGCCAGUAUCCAAAGAAGGGUUGCAGCGUUUUACACCAAGGUUUAUCAAAAGAGCUUAUUAAAGCUACCAUCUUCAGACACAAAUCACAAUUGAC